AUGGCGCGCGCUGCCCUGGGCUGCUGGGGGGAGCAGGCAGUUGGCAAAGAGUGGGAAGGAGCUGCGGUGGCGGCGGUUGCUGCUUGGCUACCUGGCCCCGCCCGCUACCACAGGGUUUCCUUCCCUCUCCACGUCCUGAGAGCGCGCGCGCCCACCCGCUCGCGUGGAGAAACUCGGGCUCAGUCCAAGGGAGUGCGCGCGCCGCGGCGUGCAGGAACCCAGCGGUCCCGCCCCCGCCCCGGGCCCGGCCCCCCCAAUGCCCCGCCCACCUGGGGGAGUGACGGCACCUCACAACCAAUCAAAAAGGAAGUUCUCCACGAAGGGCGUGCCAAUUUUCUUCUCCGCCUCUCCCAAAUUCUAGCUGUGCUGCUGCCACGCAACCGCGGGAGAGCGGGUUCGGUUCUCCAGUUUUUCGCCAGCCCUUUGGAACGUGGCAAGCUGGGCUCUCGCGAGCUUUGGAGGGCCGGGUCUGUAGGAAUCCGGGGGGAGGCGGGGCGCUUGGAGAGAAGGGGGAAGCUGAAGGAGGGAGGAGGAGUAGACACGUGCCUGACCUCAGAGGUGAUGUUUGUGCUGCCCUUCCAUCUGUUUCAGGAUGAGGAUUGGUCCUCUCCCUGAGGCCAGAGAAGAGAUGAGAUUCUUCUGGCAAGAAGAUGGGAGUGGUGGUGGUCAGUGAUGGCCCCUUGCAGAGGCUUGGAAGUUCACAGUUCACCAGCCCUUGGCCUGUCU